AUGAGUGCUGCUGCUGCUGUUGAAGAACCAAUCGAAAUAGAAGAUUAUGAACCAGAAACUAUAGUGGAAACAUCACAACCACAACCAGAAAUUCAACAAGAUUUCUUACCUCCAUCAGUUCCUCGUGAACAUACAUAUAAAUCUACAACUUUUUUAACUCCAAUACCCAAAGUAAUCUUGGAAAAUCCAAAAGAACCAUGUGUCCUAGGUGUUGAUGAAGCAGGUCGUGGUCCUGUAUUGGGACCAAUGGUUUAUGGUAUUUCAUAUUGUUUAAAAAAUUAUGAAUCUAUAUUAAAAUCAAAAUAUGGAUUUGCAGAUUCUAAAACUCUUAAUGAAUUGAAAAGAACAAAUUUAUUAAAACAAAUUUGUGACCAAGAAGGUGAAUUAUUUGAACAAAUUGGUUGGUCUACAAGAACAAUGACAGCAAUGGAUAUUUCAUCAGGUAUGUUAAGACCACCUUCCGUUGGGAAUUAUAAUUUAAAUGAACAAGCUCAUGAUGCAACAAUGGAUCUUAUUCAAGGUGUAUUAGACCAAGGAGUUAAUUUAACAGAAAUCUUUGUUGAUACUGUGGGACCACCAGUAACAUAUCAAGCAAAAUUACAGAAAAGAUUCCCAAAUUUAAAAAUUAUUGUUGCUAAAAAGGCAGAUUCUAUUUACCCAAUUGUAAGUGCUGCAAGUAUUUGUGCAAAAGUUACAAGAGAUUUUUCAUUAAAUAAUUCUAAAGAUCAAUUAUAUGGAUCGGAAAUAACAUGGGGAUCAGGUUAUCCAAGUGAUCCAAAUACUAAAAAAUGGCUUAAUAAUGCAGUUGAUCCAAUAUUUGGUUGGGAUCAAGUUGUUAGAUUUUCAUGGCAAACUGCAAAAGAUGCAAUAAUUAAAAAUGAUGGAAUUGAAAUUGAAUGGGAAGAAGAUAAUGAAAAAGAUGAUUAUGGUGAUGUUGGGAAAUUAUUUAGAGAUAAAGCUUCACAAGGUGAUGGAUUAGAUGGAUUACCUAUUAGUACUUUAUGGUAUGGUCGUAAUGUUAAUUGUUUUUAA